CAUAUCACUCGUCGCAACAUGCACUCUGCCGGCUUGAAGCCUCCGACCUUAGACCCUUUUCGGAAGCUCGGAACACCACAGCCGGCCAAAGUAAGUGCAGGACAGCUAGCCACAUCAACUCCCGGAAGGCCCGACAGAGGUGACGUUGCCUUGCCUGCCAGUCGGCUUUCGGAGCUGGCGCAGCGCUUUCAUUUCAUCGAGCGCCAGGUGGAAGCUGACACGAAGUCCAGGAAGCACACGGAAGACUCAACUGUCGAGAACCUUUGGCUGGACGUGCAGCGACUGGAUGACUGCAUCUCGCAGGAGGCGCAGGUGCGAACACAAAAGCUGCAGGACAUGAAAAGGGUGGUUCUGCAGCCAAAGAUCACACAGGCUCAAGGCAAGCUCGAGGCUGCCUUCUUGAAUCAGCUGGAACAUGUUCAUGGCCUUCUGGAUGCCGUCAACGAUCGGAUGGCGUCGGUGGAGAAGGAUUUCCAGCAGUCAAGGGCGCGCUAUAUUGGGCAAAUGGACAUGGAAGCUUCUGCAAUCGAGCAAGAUUUGACGGAAUUCAAAAAGGCUUUCCAGCUGGAGCAGACACAUCGACAGGAGCGAGAAAAGACUUUUCGCGAGCGGCUGGAGUCUGCCAGGGUCCACACGGCUGAGAAGCUGGCCAGGGACGAUCAGCUGGCUGACAGGAAGUAUGCUCAGCUUCUGCGUGAUGCUGAUGAAAGCGUGCGAGAGCGGGACCGGGAGCAGCAAAAGUUCAAGGAGCAGGUCGAUGCCGAGAUCGCAGCACUGAAGACUUCCAUUUCCGAAGCUUCUAAGGCACGGAGUCAGGCGGAUGAUGACAUCGUGGCAGCAUUGAACCACUACACCAAGGAGCUCCAACAGGCCGUCAGCUCGGUCAGUCAUGGCGCAUUGCAAGCAGCGAUGCGUUCCUGA